AUGAACGCCAACGAGGUCAUCUCCAACCGCGCCAUCGAGAUUCUCGGCGGCGAGAUGGGCUCNAAGAAGCCCGUCCACCCCAACGACCACGUCAACAUGUCCGCCUCGUCCAACGACACCUUCCCCACUGCCAUGCACAUUGCCGCCGUUCUCGAGAUCGAGGAGGAGCUCCUCCCUGCUCUGCGCAGCCUCAAGGAUGCCAUGUACAAGAAGCAGCAAGCUUUCGACAAGAUCAUCAAGAUUGGCCGCACCCACUUGCAAGAUGCCACUCCCCUGACCCUCGGCCAGGAGUUCUCUGGUUACGUUACCCAGCUCGAGUACGGCAUUCUGCGUGUCGAGUCCGCUCUUCCCCGUCUGCGCUACCUCGCCCAGGGUGGUACCGCCGUCGGUACUGGUCUCAACACCUUCAAGGGCUUCGCCGAGGACAUUGCUACCGAGGUCAGCAAGCUCACCGGCCACGAGUUCGUCACUGCCCCCAACAAGUUCGAGGCCCUUGCCGCCCACGACGCCAUUGUUGAGGCCCACGGUCAGCUGAACACCCUGGCCUCCUCCCUCUUCAAGAUCGCCCAGGACAUCCGUUUCCUUGGUUCCGGUCCUCGCUGUGGUCUUGGUGAGCUCAAGCUCCCCGAGAACGAGCCCGGUUCAUCCAUCAUGCCCGGCAAGGUCAACCCCACUCAGUGCGAGUCUUUGACCAUGCUCUGCUGCCAGGUCUUUGGUAACCAGGCCGCUGUCACCUUCGCUGGUUCGCAAGGUAACUUCGAGCUCAACGUCUUCAAGCCUGUCAUGAUCCGCAACCUCCUCCACAGCUCCCGUCUGUUGAGCGACGGUAUGCGCUCGUUCGAGAAGAACCUGAUUGAGGGUCUUGAGGCCGACGAGAAGAGAAUUGACGCUCUUCUCCACGAGUCUCUCAUGCUUGUCACCUGCCUCAACCCCGUCAUUGGCUACGACAUGGCCUCCAAGGUCGCAAAGAACGCUCACAAGAAGGGUCUUACCCUCAAGGAGAGUGCUAUGGAGCUCAAGGCUCUGAGCGAGGAGGACUUCGACAAGAACGUCCGUCCCGAGCUCAUGCUUGCUCCCAAGGAGAAGAAAUAA